GGGGUUGCUCGUCUAAGGCAUCAUUCGCUCACUAGCGCUUCGCUGAAAAGCAUCUGAAAAACGUAUAAAAAGCAGCGUAUAAGCGAGAUAGAUAUAUUAUCAUAUCGAUCACGCCGUUCACGUUUUCGAGAGGCACUCAUAUACAUAUUGCAUACAAAUAUAUCUAUAUAUAUAUAUAUAUAUGUGUAUACGUACAUAUGUAUAUAUAUAUGCACAUAUAUAGACAUAUACAUUUGUAUCGACUUUAAUCGUAUAAGUCGGUCGUAGUCGUCUUCUUCUCGCGUUCCGACCAGAGAGUUUGCACGGAAAACCGGUUCAGUGCGCGGGUUCCGUGGUGGAAGAAGAAGAAAAAGAAGAAGAAGAACAAGAAGACCGACGAGUGAAAAGGAACGACAAGAGAGAAAACAAGAAGAGAAAAAGAUGGCUGCCACCACUAUGAGCCACGUGUUCGAAUACGAGAACGAGUUGAACGAUAACUUAUACAAUCUUAAGAUGUCGGGCAACAACAAGGCCAGCAGCAACGGGACCAAAAGCAUGAGGAGAAUGUUGAAGCCUCUGUUACGUUUGCUCAAAAAGAAAACGGGCAAGGGCAAAUACGGUAAGGGCCAAAAAGCCAUGCCGCAAUCAGAGAUCUUCACCGAGGAGGUCGACAAUCAGAACAACGCGAACGAGGCAUUGGAAAGAAGAUUAUUGGCCGAACUCCAAGAUGCUGAGGAGGGUGCAGCCAUCACCGUUUGUCUUGACGGUCAAAUGACAGUCGUGCCGGUUGUUCCUGGUCAGUGUUACGUCCCUGUACACUUUGCUCACACCCACGCUGGUGACUUUUAUUGGACGACCCUCAGCCUCGCGGACAGUGAUCUCUGCUACAAGGAACGAGCUUUCUCGCAAUACCAAACACCGGAGAUGCAAGUCGCGUGAAAGGAAGCCUGUCCGCAUGUCAUAAUGCAUUCCUUCGAUCUCCAUCAUCAUUAUCAUCAUCAUCAUCAUCAUUAUCAUCAUCCUGAUGGUCCAUCUCACUUGGACUCUAUAACUUUAAUUAAAGUCAAAGAUAUUGUUGUUGAGAGAGCAACGCAAUAGAAAUAAAUCGAGAUCGCGCCUCGGCCUAUACAUAAGAAACUUUAAGAUAAGAUACAUCGAAACUGUGAUCCAUAGUUUAAAUAGAUAGAGAAAUAGAUUUUAAUUUAUAUGAAGACAUACGGCAAGACUUUUCCAUUGUGUAUUCUUAGAGAUACGUUAAUACGAUAAGUCUGACUCGAGAUUAAGAGGGUUGGACGAUUGAAGAGAUUCUAGUAGUGUUCUAUAUACAUAUUGUAUAUUAUUUUUUUUCUCCUUUAUUUUUUCUUUUUUUAUUUUUUUUUUUUCUUUUUUAUCUCGCGAUGAUAUCGAUCGCAAUUGUGAUAAUCUCUGUACCUAUUCAGAAUAUAUUA